GUGAGAGUGAAGAAAGUGCUGGAAAAUCAUUCCCCCCCCCAUCCAACAACCGUUCAAGUGAAUUCCAAUUGCAUUUCAAGGUUUCGGUAAUUGGUGAAACCGCGAAUCAUACAGCCAUGUCUCCAGCAUUCCUAGCGGUGAUAGCCGUGAUCCUAUGUAUUCUAUUUCGGAUUCUGAACGUCAGCAGCCAACCGCAGGUUCCGCAGCUAUUCUGCAAGGAUGGCCAGUUUAUGGAGUGCUUCCACAAGAUCGCACCCAUGCUCAGAGAUCCAUACAUUCCAACGCGCCUGUGGGGUUUCAGUGGCCACAUCCAGACAAUAAUUCACAGCAUCGUCGGCCGCGUGAAAUGUCCCUGGCCACUGGGCGAACGGGUGUACCUUUCGCUAGCAGACGGAUCAACGCUAACGUACGACCUCUACCAGCCGCUGAUAUCUUCCGUGGAAGAUGACAUCACGGUGGCCAUCUGUCCGGGUAUUGGCAAUUCAUCCGAAUCGGUCUACAUUCGCACCUUCGUCCACUAUGCCCAGUACCACGGCUAUCGGUGUGCCGUGCUGAAUCACAUCGGUGUGCUCGACAGCGUUCAGGUUACGUCCAGUCGGAUUUUCACCUACGGCCAUACCGACGACUAUUCGGCGAUGAUUAACAACCUGUUGAAGAAGUACCCGACGACCAAUGUCGUGUCCGUUGGUUUCUCGCUGGGCGGUAAUCUUAUAUCCAAGUACCUGGGCGAGGCUGUCCGACCCCAGAACAUCAUCGGUGGAAUCUCCAUCUGCCAGGGCUAUAACGCUGUGGUCGCCACACAGUGGUUACUUAAGUGGCAAAAUUUCCACCGGUUCUAUCUGUACGUUCUGACUGAGAACGUGAAGAGUAUCAUCAUGAAACAUCGGCAUGUUCUGUUAUCGGACGACAUCAAACAACGAUAUCAGCUGAACGAACGAGAUAUUGCAGCGGCAGCUACGUUGCCGGAGCUGGAUGAGGCCUACACCAGGCGGGUGCACAACUUCACCAACAUCAAAGAGAUGUACAGCUGGAGCAGUUCGCUCAACUAUCUGGUCAACAUCAAGCGACCGAUGGUAUUUGUAAACGCCAAAGAUGAUCCACUGGUACCAGAUAUGUUGCUGCAUCCGAUCAAGGAGUUUACAACAACGCAAAACCAAUCGCUUUACAUCGAGCUUGCCAACGGAGGUCAUCUAGGUUUCUAUGAAGGUGGUCUCAUCUACCCGAACCCAGUUACCUGGCUGGACCGGGCCGUGGUCUCGCUGAUUGGUGGCAUUGUCAUGUCGCACAAUGAUAUCCUGGUGGCCAAACGGAGUGGAACCGCCAUCUAAGAUUCGCUAGCAUUCCCCUCGCCAACGCCUAACUAUGCCAGCACCAAUCGGCUCUUUGACAGGUUCCAUCGCUGGCUUUGGCCGCUGGUGGCAGUACCGUCGACAUCUUCGCUUCGAAGCAUCUUAUCGGCACUGCUGAAACUACUCCUAUCGGUGGUUCUGCGACGCAGGAACGAAUUCAACCUGUCAUCGACGGCUACAACUCCUCAAGCGUAAAACUUCAGCAAUCUAGUGCCGCGAUUGAAUUUUUAAUUCUUGAAAAAUUCUACCACAAUGGCGAAGGGAAUGGUGGUAACUCAGCCAAAUAAACUACACCGAGGGAAGCACAAUAAACUUUUAGGAUACUGUGAGUAGUAACAGAAUCGACCGUAGGUCGCUAAAUUAUACAGCUAGAAUCGCAUAGAACGAUUGUGCCCUAUUACAGAGUAGAUUUGUUGAAAUUCGAAUCCACAUUCAACAAAGUAAGCAAAACACAAACGUAUGCUGAAGGCAGCAAAACUGAAUAUCGAUUAUCGAUUAGUGUUUGAUUAGGAUUAGUAUACCCCAAUAACCCCCUCAUCCCCCUCCCCCCCCCCCUCCUUCACCACCAAAUGCGAUUAUUUAAGCUAUGUAUAACAAAUAUUCAUCGGUAGGUUAUGACAAAUUAACAAAACUACAAACAAAAAGAAACACGAUCUGGAAAUGAAAUCAAACAGAACUGUGCGAAGUGGUUUAAUUGUGAUAAAUGUAACUUAUAUCAUUGCUUACGGAGUUGAUUUUUUGUAGUUUUGGAAAAAUCAGCGACAAAUUCGAACUUGCUUUGAUACAGACACGCGCGUAAAAAGAUGGUGGCAUUGUUUUGCAGCUAGUGGCGGCACUGGAUUUAAGAGCACCAUGAGAUUUUCCGAUCAAUAUUUGAUGAGAGUACGAUUAGCGACAGUGGUUUCCGAAGCGGAAGUUUAUUCUUAACAGUCUUUGCUUCUUAAUUGGUCAGUCCCUUGACGUAUGAAUGGCUGUUCGGAAUGAAUAUUCGCAAUAAAAAAUGUGUCGUUUUCUUUGAAAAAUGUUCAGAGGACAACAUUUUAUUCUUUUUUUUGGGAAAUUUACAAACAUUUAGAAAGAAAAUCAAAUAUCUUUCAAGGGAAUUUGCGUUGGUUUCUGAUGAACUAGCAAGAUGAGGUAUUUGCCCCUGAGACAAAGCAAACUACGCUGACCGAUGUUAGUAAACGAUACCUGAUCCUGAAGACUAUCUGUCUGCAUGGAGCGCUAGAAGAUGAACGAUACAUGAAACAACCCACUGGAUUCUAAAUCAAUGGCAAAGAAGCGUUAGGUUGUCACUUGAGGUGAAGCAUUCGAAACGUAACAUUCUCGUAGAACUAGGCUGUGAGCAAGCUUUGGCUGAGACAUGUUUCCACGAAAAGCACUUCUACUUGCUCGUUAUUGUGAACAAUACUCUGGUGGGCACUGAAAGCGAUACUGGUGAAAACGAAAAAAGCCAUAAGGCUCCGAGACAGGAUUUUGAGAUGAUUCUCGUUGAUUUGAACUUCUACUACUGCUGAUGUAGACGUAGACGUCGAUAUGGACCAAGAGGAUAACGGUGUGGACCUAGUAUUCAGCAAAACGUCGAGUGCCGGCGCUGACGACUAAGGCUGACACUGAAGCAGCGUUGCCAGAUUGUUUUCAAGCUUAUCGGUAAGCUGUAAUCGGUAUUUAUUUAUUUAUCGGUAUUCACUAUUUUAACUAAUG